ACAAGAACAAAUGUGAAAACUAAAAUGAGCACAACAAACACAGCAUGACACUUUCACACAAAAACAAAAAAAAAAACAACAAACUACAACAACAGCCGCCAAAAACGCUGAUCGAAAAAAGUAUAAAUGGUUCGAAAGAUGCAGUCACAGCAAUCAGUUAGUGGACAGAACUCGAGGAGCAGCAUUAUCUCAGCCAAAACAUUUCAAAAUUUCAAUCACCACACACUCACACACACACCUAUCGGAAGAAAAUGUCUGAAAAGAACACAGAUAAAUCGGUCAGAUCACUCUCAGUACGCGGAAAACUAACAAAUGCACCCCUGGUCUUCCAAACGCCCGACGCACUGCGAAAGAUGUCUUCAAAUGAACAAGGAAUACGCAAGAAGACCAUUGACAAUUUCAUCACCGCCGAAAUGCGACGCCAACAAAGCAAACUCAUGGAAGAGCAACAAAUGUUCAUAGCCCAGCAACUCGAGCAGCAUCCUGUGGAGAUCGGUAGUCGCACACACUCGCCCAGCAGCAGUGGCCUCGAAGAGAUGUCUACGAAAUCUGCGCAUGGCGAGCCGGUGGACAGUGCCGCAGCGCUGCUACGUGAGCAACGUGCCGCUUCUUGUCGCAAAUCGCGCAUCAACAAUAAGUUGAGAAAGGCCACAUUGCAGCAUCGCAACGCGUUUCUAACGGAGAGAGUGGCGGCUACGAAGAAAACACUCACGGAUUUGACUUCCAAAUUGCAAAAGGCACAGCAGUACCUUCUACGCCACGGUUUUAAUGGUUCACAACUGGAGAAUAUACGCGCCAUUUAUGGUGUGACUCAUAUGCCUAUCAAUUGACUAGCGGAGGCAGUUGAAAUAACAGAAGACUACGAUAUGGAUUGAUGGAUAAUGGAUCUAAGCGUU